CAGAUGCAGCCCUGGACCGGACACAAGAGCAGGAACCCGCCCGUGGCCGCUUCCGCAAAAGCCUGAAGGUACCAGCAGCCAUCCCCACCUGGGCUGGGCCUGCUGUCACUGCUCAGCCCAGCACCAUGCUUGGAGCACUCCAUGAAACAUCCCGGGCUUCCCUGUCCUUUCUUCUCCUGCAGAUGUUCCGGCAGUUCCUGCACAUUCAGCGUAGGAAGACCAGCAGCACAGCAGCUGCGGGCGCAGCCGAGCCUGAAUCGGGGCUGACCGGGCUCCAGGCAGAGCCCGAUGGCAGCCCAGAUUCGGCUGAGCGCUCAGAAGACUCUGAGACCUCAGAGACUGAAACCUGGGCAAAGGCUCAUCUCAUGUCAAUGACUGAGGACGUGGCCAUCACAAACACCAAAACCAGAGAGACUCAGGGCCUUACAAAUACUGACACCAUGCCUGCUCCAACUAUGAUUCAUGCUCCCACUAUGGAUUUUUUCGAGGAGAGUGCUGUUCCUUCUCACCAGCAGCAGCAGGUGCCAGCCAAGGUGAAGAACAUCCACCAGAGUCUCAUGUCCCACGUCUCUGUGGAUGCCAGGCUGCAAAUGGACAUUGUGAGGCUGGCAGAAGAACACCCUGCUGACGUGGUGCUGACCCUCCUGCGCUGUGCCCCAACGUGUGACAGAGCUGCUGCAAUGAUGUGGAGAGCCAUAGGCUCAUCGGGACCAGCACUGGAGAAAGCGCUGCCAACACUGCUCUGUGUGAUGGAGGACUGGCCUCUGCACACAAUGUGCACCUCCAAUGGGGACAACAAGGACCUUUUUGCCCUGGCUGCAACUCUGGUGAUCUGGCUGAUUGUGCCUGAGUGCCACGAGACCAUCGUCCUUUAUUCCUCCCGCCUGUUUGUGGCUCUGCUCUCCCAUGUUGUCAUCACCACACAGCAGAUGCCACCAGAGGAAGUUGAUAACUUCUGGAGAGCAUGCGGGGAGGAACGCCGCCUUCCCAGCAAGCCCAACAGGUCCCAGUCCUCCUGUCCUUCCCGUGCCCUUGUGGCCAGCGGCAGUGCUCCCAGUGUGACCUGGGCUUUGCUCUGCACACAGGUUUGCAGUGCAGGCCAUGAAGGAUCUGCUCUGCCGACUGCAGUGUGACCAUG